AUGUACCAUCCAAGAGAAUAUAAAAUUAGAGUCGAUACUAAAUGUUGGAGCUUCUGACACGCAAGUGGAUUGCAACUUUGUAGCAACUCCAGGGCACAGUCACAUUGGCCCCUGAGCCAUCAUGGACAAGUCAUUGGACAGUUUUUUACGCAUAAAUCGACUUUUUUUGUCAUCACUCGGACAAUGGCCACAGCAAGAACAAAUUUCUAAAAUAUUUACGCUUAUAAACGCGGUAUUUUUUCUUGUUACUCAGGCAUACUUUCAGACUGGUGGGAUGAUAGCCGCACAGUGUGAUCAGCCGAUAUUUAUGGAAUCAAUUGCACCAGUUUUAAUAAGCUUCAUGUGUCUCGUUAAAUUUGUAAAUUUCAAUUACAAUGCUGAUAAGAUGAGAAAACUUCUCGAAAUUAUACAAGCCGAUUGGAGUUCAAUAAAUGAAGUAGAAGAAUUGAAAAUCUUAAACUCGUGGGCUAAAGACAGUAAAAAAAAUACAAUUAUGUAUGCAGGUGCUCUUUAUGGAACCAUGGCUCCUUUUAUGCUGGGUCCACUAGUGCCGAUAUUUUGUAAGCUUAUGCCUGUGGGUAUUUUACCCGCGAAUAGUAGUAUCGUUCUUGAAAAACCAGUACUUUUCCACGUCGAAUACUUCUAUGACUUGGAAAAAUAUUAUUAUCCGCUACUCAUCCAUUCAUACUUCGGUACAAUGGCGUACCUGACCGUUGCUGUUGCAAUCGACUCGAUGUUUAUGGUUUAUGUACAGCAUGCUUGCGCAAUUUUCGCUAUUAUCGGAAAUCGUUUAGAACAUCUGGCGGAUGACAGUAGCAUUAAUUUCUAUUAUAGUCCACAUAUUUCAAAUGAUGAACCAUAUAAACGAAUGAUCGAGUGCAUUGUUCAACAUAGUAAAGCUCUUGAGUAUGCACGAAUGAUCCAAUCAGCAAAUUCGCUUUCAUUUUUUUUUCAAUUGGGAUUCAAUAUGCUCACUAUUACUUUUAGUGGGUUUCAAGCUGCAACGAAAUUAGAUCGCCCGGAUGAAGCUUUUAGAUAUGCGGGAUUCACAAUCACUCAAACAUUCCAUUUAUUUUUUCAAAGCUGGCCGUCCCAGAGAUUGGCUGACGAAAGUGCACGGAUAAGUGAAACCACAACCAGAUGCGCAUGGUACUUGACUUCUAUGAGAUCGCGAAAGCUUCUUCAACUAUUCAUAAUGAGAAGUUCUGUUCCAUGUCAAUUGACAGCCGGCAGCUUUUAUACUUUGAAUAUGCAAAAUUUUAGCGCCGUGGUGCGUACGUCAAUGUCAUAUUUUACGGUGUUAACUUCAGUUCAAUGAUCAAUAAUAUCCAUUCAUUAUAAGUUUUAUUAUAAUUUCAGUUAAUGUGCUUAUAAAUAUCAUUUAUGGUUUUCGUUUAUUAAUUAUUUAUGUAGAUUUAU